AAACGGAUCAAAUUCUGUCACAUGGAUUUCAAAAAUUCUCUCGUGACCCUGUUUUUAGUUUUCAUUAAAAUUUAAAUACAAAACAAGGGGAAAUAGCUAAAAGCCCAAACGAUUUUGAUUUAUUUACAAUUCAUGCCCUUACUAGCUCCACCCAUAAACCCGACCCAUCUAAAACUUGGAUCCUAAAUCCCUAAAUCGUAACACAACUUCCCCACUUUCUUCAUUUCACGAUCUCUGAACAUUUUGUUCUUCACUCAUCAAUUCCACCAGCGAAAAUGACAUCUAAACUAAGAUUCACCAAGAAAAAGAAAGAAUCCCCACCAAAGAAGAAAAAGAAAUCCUCACCGACAAAGAAGAAGGAGGUUGAACCGGCUAAGAAGGAGAUGACUUUGUCCACGGGAAAGAAGAAACGGGGUAGAUCGUCUUCAGCAGAGGAACACGAAGCAGACGACGGCGGGUCGUCGUCUCAACCCACGAAGCGGCCGCGUCUUACUUCAAACCGUAACCCUAAAAAUCUUCAACCUAAUCUGGCUGCUGCCUCUGCUUCUCCUACUCAACCUGACAAUGAGGAGACACCCUUAGGACCACCAGCCACAUCAGAAGAUCCUCCACCAACGAAGAGACAAAAUCCGUCACACCAACAAGAUCCUCCGGAUGCAUCUAUUUCCCGGUCUUCCACGAAGGGCGGGACACCUUAUUCGGAGCAAGGAGACAAUGAGGAAAUGGGAUCGCAUGGUGAGCCUCCCAGAUCACGAGAACCUAAUGCUACAGAAGAGCAAAUAAUGGUAAAGGAGAUGGCUGGAGGAGCAAUCAAACCACACAAGUUUUACUUCAAACCAGCUGAAUAUGGGAAACCCUGUAAGCUCUCCUCAAGGUGUCAUCAAACGAAGUUCAUCAAGUUGAUUGACAAUUUUCAUGCAACCGAGAAGAAGUGGUUUUACGCGCACCCACAGUUCAAGCAUAUUAUCCAUAUGGAGUGCUCCUCAAGGAGAAAGGUGAUGGGAUUGUGGAUGUUACUGAUUCGCACCAUAAAAGUCGACAAGAAGAGACAGACUUGGUUUGUGGUAAAUGGGGUUCCCAUUCGUUACUCCAUCAGAGAACAUGGUCUCAUAUCAGGACUAUACUGCCACACAUAUCCAGAAAACUAUGAGAGCAUUGGGAGUUUGAAGUUUGCUAAGAAGUACUUUCAGCAACCACCAAAGAAGAAGGGUGACGAUCCUCCUGAACUAAAAGUGACUGCAGCUGAUGUCCUAAAGAAGCUAAAGAAGAUGAAAUAUGAUGGUAGUCAUGAACGGUUGAGGAUGGCUGUGCUUUAUUUCUUGGCCACAGUCAUUUUUCAAAGAUCAAGGUAUGGAACCCCUAUAGACCAUUUUCUUCUCCGAAUGGUUAAUGAUCUUCGGGUGUGCCACACGUUUCCAUGGGGGCGUUACACCUUUGAUGACUCCUUGAAGGAGAUAAAGCAUAUGGUGAAGCAUUUUCGAGGAAAGAUCCCAACUGUAAAGGCUUCUUGGACAUUUCAUGGGUUUAUCAACCCACUGGAGAUAUUGGCAUUUGAAAGUAUACAAGUGCUGAAGGAAAAUUUUAGAGAAGAUAUUGAAGAAUUUGAUGAUAGCUGUCCAAGAAUGUGCAAGUCGAGAUUCCUAGCGAAUGGGUCGUCAGGAUAUGCGUUGAGCGAGAUAUAUGAGAAGCUCGGAGAAACAAAGGAAAUUUCUAAUAUUUUGAAACCAACUGGAAGCAAGUCAGAUCUAUCAGUUGAGAUCUUUGAUGAUGGGUUAUGGGAUGAUGUUGAGCUGGGAGAUGAUGGGGAUAUAGAUGACCCAAUUGUUGAUGGUUGGAACAAGAUUAUUAUCCAUGACCAAGUAAAAAUUCUUUGGGAGGAUCUGUACAAGAUGGAUGUCAAAACUCGAAAGAUAGAACACGAGCCUGAGAGGAUUUGUGAAGAACUUGAGGGUCCGAGGGUGUGUGAGGAAACUGAGGCAGGAUGUGAGAGUUUGGAAACAAGAGUUGCUCAGUUGGAAGCAAGCAUGAAGGUGAGAGAUGACAUAAUUGGUCAGUUGGAAGCAAGAAUAAAGAGUAUGGAAGAUGACCGCAACCCGAGGGACAGAUAUGGGAACAUGGAAGACUUGUUUGAUCAUGAUCGUUUUGACACUGGUGGAGGCCAAGAAAAUGAUGAUAAUGAUAAAGAUGCCACAAAGGAGGGUGAGACUGAAACCGAGCAAACGGCAGAAGAUGAUGCUGAUAAGGAGGCCACGAAGGAUGGAGAGAAUGAGCCUGAGAAAGAAAGUAAGGUUGAUGCUGAUAAGGAGGCCACAAAGGAGGGUGAUAAUGAACUCGAGGAGAUGGCAGAAGAUGAUGCUGAUAAGGAGGCCACAGAGGAUGGAGAAAAUGAGCAUGAGAAAGAUAGCCAUGUUGAUGCUGAUAAGGAGGCCACAAAAGAAGGUGAGAAUGAACCCGAGCAGAUGGCAGAAGAUGAUACUGAUAAGGAGGCCACGAAGGAGGUUGAGAAUGACCCUGAGCACACACUGCAAGAGGAUCUUGAAGUGAUGGUGGCGGCUGCAGAGAAGUUUGAGAAAGAAGUUGUGGAGAAGAAAGCUGCAGAGAAAGAAGUUGUGGAGAAGAAAGCUUGGGAGAAGGAAUCUACGGAUGAAAAGGAUGGAGAUGCUGAAGAAGAUUCACCGAAGAAGACGAAGAGGGUGCCAAAGCCUUCUCGUAUGAAGCAGUCUCCAUAUGUUGAGAAGUAAUCUAUGUGUUUCUUGUAUUUGGAACAUAUAGCUUUAUGUUGCUUUUGGAUGUCGGUGUUGCUUUUGCCAAACAUAAGACUUGUGUUGCUAUUGUGAAACUUAAGACUUGGUGUUGCUUUUGUGAAACAUAGAACUUGUGUGUUUCUGAUUUAGUAGUGAACUUGUGUUUGUCA